AGGUUGGCAGUUGGGCAGGUCCAUGUUUAUCUUGUCUAUUAAUUGUGAUCCUCCUUAGCUGUGCCUCUUGUUGUGUUUGCUGGAAGACUUUUUUGUAUACUGUUAUCCUUUUGAGUUUUCUGUUGACCUUCCAUCAGUCUAAGAGAACAAAAGGAUAUAAAUAAGAAAAGCUAGCUUUUUCAAUACCUAUUUUCAACUUAUUAACUGGGAACUUUGAGAUAAAUAAGUAAUAAGUAAUUGCUGAAAAGUCACCUUUCUUUGGACUUUUGGUUAUCUGGGUCAUAGGGCCUAAGGGCAAUGGGAGGGGUCAGUGGUGUCACAGGUGCUGCCGUCAGACGCAAUGAGUGUGCUGUAUGUGAUUUCCUGUCUGCCCCGGCUGUAAUUAAGCCAGCAUGUCAAAUAGACUGCCCCACAAUGUGUUUCAGCCACACACCUGAGUGUCCGUAACUAGAGCUGAACCAUCUGAACAUUGGUGUUCUUUGUUUCAUGCCUUGAGGUUUAAAUUUUUUGGAUACAAGAUGGAGACUGAAAGUGAAAGUAGCGCUUCAGGAGAUGAUAGUGUCUUUUGGUUGGAUUCUGAAGUGGUAGCCCAGGUGACUGACAGUGAAGAGGGAGAAAGGGAAGAGGACUUCAGGAAGAUGAAGUCCUCAGUACACUCUGAAGAGGACGAUUUUGUUCCAGAACUACAUAGAAACGUUCACCCUCGAGAGCGGCCUGAUUGGGAAGAAACACUGAGUGCAAUGGCAAGAGGGGCAGAUGUUCCAGAGAUUCCUGGAGACCUUGCUCUUAAGACAUGCGGCGGUACAGCCAGUAUGAAGGUUAAACAUGUGAAAAAAUCCAACAACGCAGGACUGAUGGGCUGUGACAACAUUCACAGGUUACCCUUCACCAAAGGUCACUUUCCGAAGAUGGCUGAAUGUGCACAUUUCCACUAUGAGAACGUUGAGUUCGGCAGCAUACAGCUCUCACUAUCAGAAGAACAGAACGAAGUAACAAAAAAUGGCUGUGAAUCUAAGGAGCUGGUCUACCUCGUACAGAUUGCUUGUCAGGGCAAAAGUUGGAUUGUUAAACGAAGUUAUGAAGAUUUUCGGGUACUUGAUAAACAUCUUCAUUUAUGCAUUUAUGACCGACGGUUCUCCCAGCUCUCAGAACUUCCCCGUUCUGAUGCCUUGAAGGAUGGUCCAGAGUCAGUAACUCAGAUGCUCGUGGUUUACCUGGCACGCCUUUCAGCUAUUGCUGGCAACAAGAUCAACUGUGGACCUGCCCUUACUUGGAUGGAGAUUGAUAAUAAGGGGAAUCACCUUCUAGUCCACGAAGAAUCAUCCAUUAACACGCCUGCUGUGGGUGCUGCCCACGUUAUCAAGAGGUACACUGCCCGGGCCCCUGAUGAACUGACCUUAGAGGUGGGCGACAUCGUUUCUGUUAUUGACAUGCCCCCCAAAGUGUUAAGCACAUGGUGGAGAGGCAAGCAUGGAUUUCAGGUGGGACUCUUCCCUGGACACUGUGUUGAGUUAAUUAACCAAAAGGUUCCCCAGUCAGUGACCAACUCUGUGCCAAAACCGGUGUCUAAAAAGCACGGCAAGCUCAUUACUUUUUUACGCACAUUCAUGAAGUCUCGCCCAACAAAACAGAAACUGAAGCAGCGGGGGAUCUUGAAAGAAAGGGUGUUUGGUUGUGACCUGGGAGAACACCUUCUGAACUCUGGAUUUGAAGUGCCCCAGGUUCUUCAAAGCUGUACAGCAUUCAUUGAGAGAUAUGGCAUUGUGGAUGGGAUAUAUCGUCUCUCUGGCGUUGCUUCCAAUAUCCAGAGAUUACGCCAUGAAUUUGACUCUGAACAUGUUCCCGACCUGACAAAAGAACCUUACGUUCAAGACAUCCAUUCUGUAGGCUCUCUUUGUAAGCUGUAUUUCCGAGAGCUCCCAAACCCGCUGCUCACCUAUCAACUGUAUGAGAAAUUUUCUGAUGCCGUCUCAGCAGCAACAGACGAAGAAAGGCUGAUAAAAAUUCAUGAUGUCAUCCAGCAGCUCCCCCCUCCACACUACAGAACACUGGAGUUCCUGAUGAGACACUUGUCUCUUCUAGCCGACUAUUGUUCCAUCACAAAUAUGCAUGCAAAAAACCUCGCGAUCGUUUGGGCUCCAAACCUGCUAAGGUCAAAGCAGAUAGAAUCUGCUUGCUUCAGUGGGACAGCGGCUUUCAUGGAAGUGAGAAUCCAGUCAGUGGUUGUGGAAUUUAUCCUCAAUCAUGUGGACGUCCUCUUCAGUGGCAAAAUCAGUGCUGUCAUCCAGGAGGGGGCAGCUUCUCUGUCAAGGCCCAAGUCCUUGCUGGUUUCUUCUCCUUCCACCAAGCUGCUGACGCUGGAGGAAGCCCAGGCACGAACACAGGCUCAGGUCAACUCUCCAAUUGUAACUGAAAAUAAAUACAUCGAAGUCGGAGAAGGACCUGCCGCACUUCAGGGAAAGUUUCAUACUAUAAUUGAGUUCCCACUUGAAAGGAAGAGGCCUCAAAAUAAAAUGAAAAAAUCCCCCGUGGGCAGCUGGCGUUCCUUCUUCAAUUUGGGAAAAUCAUCGUCUGUUUCCAAACGGAAGCUCCAGCGCAAUGAGAGCGAGCCUUCCGAGAUGAAAGCCAUGGCCCUGAAAGGCGCGAGGGCGGAAGGCACGCUCCGCUCAGCCAAGAGCGAGGAGUCUCUUACUUCCCUCCAUGCAGCUGAUGGUGAUUCCAAGCUGUUCCGACCCAGAAGACCCAGAUCUAGCAGUGAUGCACUGUCUGCCUCUUUUAAUGGCGAGAUGCUGGGCAACCGCUGUAAUUCCUAUGAUAACCUGCCCCAUGACAAUGAAAGUGAGGAGGAAGUAGGGGCGCUCCACAUUCCAGCACUCCUGUCUCCUCACUCAGCUGAGGACGUUGACUUGAGCCCACCAGACAUUGGAGUGGCCAGCCUGGAUUUUGACCCCAUGUCCUUUCAGUGUAGUCCUCCCAAGGCCGGAUCCGAAUGUCUGGAAAGUGAUAAUUCCUUUUUAGAUUCAUUAGGAUACUCCAAGGAUAAACCGAAUACCAAUAAGAAGGAUGCAGAUGGAGGUGGUAGCCAGUCUCAGACUCCAGGAAGUACUGCAAGCUCUGAACCUGUCUCCCCUCUUCAGGAGAAACUGAGUCCAUUCUUUACCCUGGACUUGAGCCCAGCGGAAGAUAAGUCCUCUAAGCCAUCCUCAUUCACUGAAAAGGUCGUCUAUGCUUUCUCUCCAAAGAUAGGACGGAAACUAAGCAAGUCACCUUCUCUGAACAUAUCUGAGCCCAUUUCUGUGACCCUCCCCCCUCGAGUGUCAGAAGUCAUCGGUGCCGUCUCAGAUACAGCAGCUCAGAAUGCAUCUUCUCCAGCCCAGAACAAAAACAUGGAAGACAGUGAUGUCACAAAUAGAUCCCCCACCCAGGCAGUAAAGACAAAAACAAGUGAGCGAGAAGCCCAGGAAGGAUGUGAACCUGAAGUCCAGACCCUGGACCAGGUGGUUGCUGUGGACGAGGUGGCCUUGCCAGAGAGAGAGGAGCAGGCCCUCCUGAGCACUCAGAGUAAGGCUGUACCUGCUGGACAGGCACAGACAGGAGCAGUUACCCAUGACCCCCCUCAGGAUCCCGUUCCUGUCAGUUCAGUCUCUCUUAUCCCACCUCCACCGCCUCCGAAAAACGUUGCCCGCAUGUUGGCGCUAGCGUUAGCUGAGUCUGCACAGCAAGCCUCAACUCAGUCCUUGAAGAGACCAGGGAAUUCGCAGGCUGGUUACGCAGAUUAUGGAGACAUGGCAGUGGCUGUGGCUGAAGACACGCUGCCCAGUUCCUACCCUAGCGUUACUCUAGAUAAGGCCUGUCACCACACCGAUACACCAGUAGAGCAAUUUCACCUCCACAACAACACGCCUGGGGACUGUGGGCAGCCUACACCAGAUCCAACAGCUAGCGGGGGUCACACCCAUUCCAAUGCCGCUGAAUCUGGGGAGCAGCUUCACCAAGCAGACUCCCCAGGGGAUCAGCCACAUCGCACCUGUUUAUCUGGGGACCCAGAACAGGCCCAAAUCCCUGCAGUUCCCUCAGCAGACUCAGAGAAGCCUAAUGAGCACACGUGUUUCCCUGAAGACCAGCCUGGGAAGCCCAGCGUGCCAGCUGUCUCGUCUGUGGACCAGGACCCUUCUCACCUCCAUUUCUGCAGUGGAGACCAGCCGCCUCCUCAUCCUGGUGCAAGGGUGGAUAGGCCCUACCAUGCUUCAGAGCUUGCGGACUCCUCUCCCACUCCUAAUUUGCCUCGGGACAAAAUCUACCCUCCUUCUGGGUCCCCUGAAGAAAAUACAAGCACAGCCACCCUGGCUUACGUGACAGCUGUCCCAACAACAGCGGAAGUCAACAUCAGGGCAGCCAGCUGGAAUGCAGUCGAGCAGCCCCCUGCCACCAGCCUUGCCGUUGCCACCCUUCAGCGUGCUCACAGAGCUGGCCGUCCCCUUCCCCCACCUCCUUCCCAGAGGCCUGCAGAGCAGCUGCCAACCUUGGGGCAGGUACAAGCCCCAGCCAGUAUAGGAUUAAAUAAUCCUCACAAGGUCCCAGGAGUAGCUCCAGCUCCAGAGAAGCCACCUGAGCCUAGAGCUGCUGAUGAGCCUGUGUCUGUCUUUGUCAGCGAUGGCAGUGCCUCUGCUCAGUGUACCGUCUCUGUGCCCGCUGUCCACCCCGGCCUCCCCGAAAAAUCCCGGGAGGGCACCAGGGCCCCACUGCUGCACCUGCAGGCUGAAUCUGUUCCUCUGCACCCCUCCUGCGGCUUCGCUGCGCCCAUGCCCCCCACCAGGACCAUGGAGAGUAAGAUAGCCACAGCUGUACAUGCCAGCAGUGCAGAUGCUUCCAGCAGUUCAAAUUAUCAUUCCUUUGUCACCGCUUCUUCAGCCUCUCUGGACGAUGGUUUGCCUGUACAGCUUCCCAUCCCACAGCGUAAGCAUGCUUCUCAGAAAACAGCUUAUUCCUCCUUUGCUAGGCCUGAUGUCACCAUUGAGCCCUUUGGUCCAGAAAACUGUUUGCAUUUCAAUAUGACUCCAAACUGCCAGUACCGCCCCCAGAGUGUGCCCCCACACCAUAAUAAACUGGAGCAACACCAAUCCUAUGGCGCCAGAUCGGAGCCGUCAGUCUCUGUGGGGCCUCGCUACAAUACUUACAUGGCCCCAGGAAGAAGCGUGUCUGGGCACCAUGCCAAGCCAUGCAGCCGGCUCGAGUAUGUGUCCCCUUUGAGCUCCUCUGUUAGGAAUGCUUGUUACCCUGAAGAUAUUCCAGCUUACCCUACCAUCCGGAGGGUGCAGUCUCUCCACGCCCCUCCAUCUUCCAUGAUUCGCUCUGUUCCCAUAUCACGGACAGAAGUCCCUCCAGAUGAUGAACCAGCCUACUGCCCAAGACCCCUGUACCAAUAUAAGCCAUAUCAGUCUUCCCAGGGCCGCUCAGAUUAUCACGUAACUCAGCUUCAGCCUUACUUUGAGAACGGUCGGGUCCACUACCGGUAUAGCCCCUAUUCCAGUUCUAGUUCCUAUUACAGCCCAAGCGGGGCCCUGUGUGAUGUGGAUGCCUAUGGCACAGUGCAGCUGAGGCCCGUUCACCGCCUUCCCAAUCGCGAUUUUGCCUUCUAUAAUUCUCGACUGCAAGGGAAGAACUUGUACAGUUGUCCUGCUCUGCCCACACGUCCCCGGGCCAACGUGAUUGGCUAUUUCUCUGGUAACGACCACAAUGUAGUCAACAUGCCUCCAGCCACUGACAUAAAGCACACUUACGCCUCAUGGGAUCUUGAGGACAUGGAGAAAUAUCGCAUGCAGUCCAUCCGGAGAGAGAGCCGCGCCCGGCAGAAGGUGAAAGGGCCUGUUAUGUCCCAGUAUGAUAACAUGACCCCGGCUGUGCAAGAUGACCUGGGUGGGCUCUAUGUCGUCCACCUUCGCAGUAAAUCAGAUCCUGGGAAAACUGGACUUCUCUCGGUGGCAGAGGGAAAGGAGGGGCGGUACCCAGCCAAGGCCAUGAGUCCUGAGGGAGAUGACCGCUUCUACAGGAAGCACCCGGAGCCAGAGUUAGAGAGAGCCCACCACCACGGAGGGUACGGCAAUGGGCAGCCAGAGAAGCCCUCCCUCCCUCAGAAGCAAAGCAGCCUCAGGAACAGAAAGAUUCAUGACAUGGGAUGUAACCUCCCCGAGCAUAGGGCACAUCAGGAAGCAAGCCAUAGGCAACUGUGUGAGUCAAAAAAUGGGCCACCGCACCCCCAGGGAGCUGGCCAGUUAGAUUAUGGGUCCAAAGGAAUUCCGGACCCCUCUGAGCCAGUCAGCUACCACAGCUCUGGGGGAAAAUUCGUCCCAUCAGGGCAGGAGUCUCUAAGACUGAACCACAAAGAAGUGAGGCUCUCCAAAGAGCUGGAGCGGCCCCGCACCAGGCAGCCUUCCGCCCCAGAGAAGUACUCUAGAGACUGCUACAAAGAAGAGGAGCCCCUUGUGCAGGCCGUGGUCCCACCCCCUAAGCCAGAGAGGAGUCAUAGUCUGAAACUGCACCACCCCCCGAGCAUGGAGCGGGACCCCGGCGUGCUGUACCAGUACCAGAUGCCCAGCAAGCGCCAGAGUGGUGCCACUGUCCUGUCCCAGUACGACAAUCUGGAGGUCUACCACUCCCUGCCGCAGCACCCGCGUGGUGUGUUUGGAGGAGGAGGAGGGGGCGUGGGGACAUACGUGCCCUCUGGCUUCUUACACCCACAGAACAGGACAUACGCCACAGCUCUGGGCCAGGGGGCUUUCCUCCCCACAGAGCUGUCCCUGCAGCACCCGGAGACCCAGAUCCCUGCGGAGUGAGCCUGAGCAAUAGAGUCGAAGCAGCCUCUGCUGGGCAGUGGGCUGCUCUAUUUUUUUUCAAUAACCAAAAAGAAUAAUAAUAAAAAAAAAAAAAAUUCAACACUACAAACCCCCAACCACGUUAAAAAAAAAAACAACUAAUAAAUCAGCAUCCCUGCCCCCUUCAUUACCACCUCUUCCAUCUAUGGAUUGUGUCAUUUUGUCAUUAAAAGAAAGCUGAAUGAUCGUAAAGCACUGUUGAAAAUCUGGUAGAGAAAUUUGUCACAGACCACCCCUGCCAGGUAGGGCUAAUUUGCAAGAGCCUGAGGGCUGCCAUUAACUGAAUUUGAAUUUAACCAUAUCUUUUUCUCCUUAGUAUUUGGUGUCUCCUUCCAGCAGUUUACAUCCCCUUCCUGGUAGGCUUUAGCAUUUACUGUUGGGGUCCUGCCUGCUUCGGCAGCCAGGCACCUCUCCCAGAGAGACACUCCGUUUUUCUGACUUCAUUAUCCGUUGUCUUCAGAGGGUCUUGUGUGUUAAACUAGAAUGGAGAAAGACCUUUCCCUGGCCCUUCAGAUACGCCAACUGGACAUUUAGCAACAUUAUAAGAAGUAAGAGAUUAAGACUUUAAAUUAAAUGUUUGAUAAAGAAAGUGGUUUUAUUUUUUUUUAGAAUGGCAGACCAUUUAGACCCAGGCUGAACCAUCCUGUUUACAUUCACAGCUAUUCCUUCCAGGUCCAUGUGCAGGCUCCUAUCACUGCAGAAGGGAUUUUUUUAUUUUUAUUUUUUAAUUUAAGGAAACUUUUUAGGUGGAAGAAAAAGUUCUUAUUGUCAGCAAGCUUUGUUAGCACCAGAAAACUAAACACCUUUAAUGUGUUUCCUGCCUACAGGGUGGUUUUGUUGGUUUGCUUUUCUCCCUAUAAUGUUUGGUAAAUUGAAAUCCUAGUAAAACAUUUCAUACCAUUCGUUCUCCUAAAGCAAUUUAUUUUCAUAAAGAAAAACAAAAACCAGCAGCAUGGUUUGACUGGAUAGACUCAUGUUAUUACAAAUUUACAUGUUAAUCUGUUUCUAAACCAGAGAACAGGCUCCCUGUGAAUUCUUAAAGUCGUUACUAAUUAUCCAUUAGUAAUCUGUCAAUUUCUGCAGUAAGCCCUGAGCACACAGGAGGACCAGCCACUUCACCAGUCAGAAUUCCAGGCAGUUACCAUUUCAGUGCUCAGUAAUUACAUCUGUUUGCUCCCUCUGUACUUGGGUGAUCACAGUUUUUAUUGUUAUUGCCAUUUACACCAGCAUUUCACGUAUCGCUCUUUGUACCUUUAUAGACAUAAUAAUCAUGUUUAACACCCAGGAUUUUCUUCUGAAAGUUGCAUUCCUUAUUUGACAGUAGGACAGGACACCUCUCUAGCCCAGCUCCUUCCAGUUGUCUUAAUUCACCCCAUCACCAAAAUGCCAGGUUAGCAAGGCCAUCCUGUAUUUACAAAAUAAGUUUGCAUAUUUACAAAACGCAGUUGUCGUGGCAUUCUCUACGUCUUAAUAACGCUUGAGUUUUAUACAUUACUGUAUUUUAAGCACUCAGUGUGUAGAAGACACUAGGAAAAGUUCGUUCCAUUGACUGGACAAUUGCUGCUCUGCUUUUUAAAACUUGGAGUUAACUUAUUUAGAGCAAAGGAAGAAAUCUUAUGAGGCUAAAAUCGUGCUGCUGUUAUUGCUGUGAAAUUGUGUAAAGAUUAGGAUCAUGCCAGUUCCUUUUUUAUUUAAAAAAAAUCACACGAUUGCAUUUUAAGGAUUUAUAUUUAGAAAAAGAAAUAAAGUUUUAAGAACAACACAUUUACGGAAUAUGUGGAAAUACUCUAUAAGGUUUUCUUUUCUUGACCCAGAAUUGACUGGAAGAAUUAAAUAGGAUUAUGGUAGAAAUUUUGAAUAACGAAUGUGAAAAUGUCUGUAGAGCUUAGGCCUCUAGGUUAAAAGUGCAGACCCGACUGGUGUAAUCAAAAUGUGAAGGAACUCUGAUGGGAUGCUUCCAUUCAGCCCACAGACACACCCGGUGCUCUCUAUAGGCAUUUGAUCUUUGGUGAAUAUGCAGCACUAAUUUUUUCACCAUAACCAUCUUUUUGUCCCGGAAGCACCUCUGAGAUCACACCAGCCAUGUAAGUACUCACCAGCAGCCUAGAGAUGAGGAAGGGCUGGUGGGAUCAGCGGAUGCACGUGGCUCUCAGGAACUGAGCCCAGAGGAGGUGGCUGAAGUCCUGUCCGGCUUUAAUAUUUGUGGAUUUGUUGUCACACACACUGUUUAUUCCUGAAACUAUGGUCUGUAUUUACAAAUACUAACAUGAAUGCCUCGAAGCAAUUUCAUAUUAAUAAUAGGUUUUUUUUUAGAAAUAUCAGGUAAAUAGUUUGAAUACAGAAUAGAGACUCAAAUUACAGGUGUAAGUGGGAAACACAAACUCCAGAUAAAACCUCGAGUUGUUUCGUUAAAUGUAUGUGGAUGCAGCCUUAACUCUGGAGUCAGUUAUUUGAAGGACUUUGCCUGUAUCUUUCCCUUCCUAAUAUUGUGGGGUAGAAAUUGGAUGGCAAAUCACUGUGAGCCAGGUUACCUCAACAUAGUUCACCUUGUGUGUGACUCACAAAUACAGUAACUGAACGUUAGCACUUUCAGAUUUGUGACUUGGAGCAUUACGGUCAAGGAGAUGGAGCAGCCUUAUGCAUUAGACCCAAAUUUGAUUCCCUCGAUAUUGUCGUAGCCAUGUCUCCAGAUUUCAUCUCUUCUGGCAAAAUUCUGAUCCCCUAGUUUCAACAGGUAGUUUGGUUUGAUUGAAAUACAUAUCCCUUGGAUGUCUGGCUAGAGACUUUGCUGACCACCUCAGAGGUGUCGUUUUCAAAAAAUCGAUUUCAUUCAAGCCUUAUUGCUUACUAUAUUUAUUAUCCUUUUAAACAUGCAAGUACCUGGAAUAGUCCAGGGGUAGGGCCUUCACAUUUCUUAUAAAGGCAAAGCAGUUUUUAAAAUUUAGGGUCAGGUCGAACAAUUCUAGGACUAAUACUUCUUUAAAGAAGAGGGACCAAUCAGGUGAGCGGGGAUAGAAGAGUAGGAGGUGGCGUUUGAAGCAGCAAUAAACGCAUACGGUGUAAAUCUGAGACGUGCGCCUUUAGUUAAGGAGCCUGCAAAGUCCAUUUCUCUCUGUUCCCAUCCGUGUCGGUCACCCAUCCGGUCCGUCGGCAAAGUCUCACCUGAGCAGAGUGUGGAAGGAAAUCAAAAUGAAAGCAAAAGUAUGUCGGAAAGUUACUUCCAGUGGUUAGAGGCAUGUGAUUUUCAGUACUGUGUGUUCCAGAAAUGGCAGGAAUGGUGGUGUAUUUUAACUGAGUGCAAGGUAUUGUCAGUGUGCACAGAGGGUCGUUUUUUCCUUACCUGAUUAGUACUGUUAAUGUUCAAAGAAUUUAAAAAAAAAAAAAAAAUGGUUGUUUUGCAGUUUAGAUUCUGAGAUAGCAAAACCUGAUUUUUUUUUUUCAGCCAUGAUCUGCAUGAGGGAAGCAUCCUAGAAAGUCUUAGCUCAUACCUUUGGGUUCUUAACUUUAAUUUAUACAGUUUUUUUUACGUUUUAAUAUUUCUUGUGAACUGGUGUAAAUUGUUAAUGCACAUAAGCUUGUGUAUUUUUGUAAAUAAUUUGUGAUUUAUUCCUUGCCCCAUAUGUAAAUAUUUAGUCUCAUUUUUUUUCCCCCAAACUUAUUUGAAGCUGACUUGUGGAUUUUGGGUUUUGUUUCUUUGUUUUGGUUGGGGAGGGGGGAGGGGAUUUUGUACUCCGAUAAUCCAGAUGGAGAUUCUUGUGGUUUAACGCAAACGUUCCACUGAAAACAACUCAAAUAUCAAAAUUAUUUCAGGUUAAAACAAACUUCUUUGUGUAUGUGUUUCCUUUUUGACUUCAUAUGAAUUAUAACAAAAUAGGUGGGAGUAAUUAGGGUAUUUGGACCAAAAGACAGGCAUUAUAUGACACCUUUUAUGCCCGGCCACACAUCCGCCACGUCAAACACUACUGUCCUUGAAAUCACAGAAGCCUCGUGGUCCGUACCGGCGUGUAGGCAGACGUGCCAUACCCAGGGCUGUGCUGCAGGAUCAUUGCUGCUAUGCCCUGGCUCCCCAAGCUGGGAGGUUCCCAGAAAACGGAAUCGGCUUCCUAUCUCAAUAUUCCCACAGAGCACCUGGGGCAUCUCCUG